AUCUACCCGCCUCCCAACAUAACAUAUCAUGACUACACAAUUCGACAGAAUCUACCAUGGUCUCUUCCAAAAGCCCGGCAAAUUUCGUGUGGCCAACAGCGGGAUGGCUUGGAGAGAGGAGGAAAAGGACGAGGUGACUUCGAUGCCAAAUUCAGACAUCAAAUGGGCACAGUGGCUGCGCGUUGCGAGAGGAUUCCAGCUGAGAGUCGGUCUUAAGGACCGCCGAAGGGAAACAUUCGACGGUUUCGAGCGUGAAGAUCAUGACAAACUUGCUAGUAUCCUCAAGCAACACUUUGGCGUCACUCUUGAACCACAGGAGGUCUCUGUCAAGGGAUGGAACUGGGGUGUGACAGAUUUCCGAGGCAGUGACCUUGCAUUCCUUGUAUCUAACAAAACAUCAUUCGAAUUGCCACUGCAACAUGUGGCAAACUCAAACAUUGCUGGGCGAACCGAAGUUUCACUCGAAUUUACUAAUCCAGCCAGCUCGAGCAAGAAGCCAGUUAAGGGCGCUCCCGAUGAGAUGGUUGAGAUACGCUUUUUCGUUCCAGGUACGAGUCAUCGUGUCCGAGGAUCAGAUGCAGGGUCGCAGAAGUCGGACAAUGAGGAGGAAGACGGGGAGGAAUUGAGUGCGGCGCAGGCCUUCCAUGAUACUGUGAAGGAGAAGGCAGAGCUUGGGCAAGUAGCAGGCGAUAUGAUUCUCAGCUUCGAGGAGGUCUUAGUGCUCACACCAAGAGGUCGAUACGAUGUCGACAUGUUCCCCGAAUUCCUGCGCCUUCGUGGUAAGACAUAUGAUUACAAGAUCGUCUACACCAGCAUUUCAAGACUAUUCCUACUACCGAAGGAUGAUUUGCAUGUCCUUUUCAUCUUGGCUCUGAGCACUCCGAUCCGACAGGGUCAGACUCGCUACCAAUAUCUUGUCAUGCAGUUCAGUCGAGAAGAAGAAAUUACAGCUGAAUUGAACAUGAAAGAUGAGGAAAUCGCGAAGCAUGAUCGACUCAAGAAACACUACGAAGAUCCUACUUUCGAGGUCGUGUCCAGUGUUUUCCGUGGACUCUCUGAGAAGAAGAUCAUCAGCGCUGGUAGCUUUCAAAGUCGCAAUGGACACCCAGGCAUCAAAGCCAACUUGAAGGCUAUUCAAGGCGACCUCUUCAUGCUCGAAAAAUACAUCUUCUUUGUAUCGAAACAACCAGUUCUCAUCGAGCUUUCCGAUAUCCAUCAAGUCGUCUUUUCCCGUGUUGGUUCAGCCAUGGGCGCUGCGGCCGCGCGAACAUUCGACUUGAAGAUCGUUACAAAGAGUGGACCAGAGUAUACGUUCACAUCAAUCAACAAGGAGGAGCACGAGCCCACGGAAAAAUACUUGAAGGACAAAAAAGUGCGCGUCAAAAAUGAAAUGGUGCCAGACGGAGAUAUCCUCCUUGCUGGAGGUGAUUCGGACGAGGAGAUGCAGAGCGUUGCCAGUGAUGACGAUGAGGAGGUACAUGUGAAACGUACUGGCGAUGACGAUGACGAUAGUGAGGAAGGUGAGCUAUAUGUUUCACUAGCCGAGAUUCGGCAGCAACCCUGUUGA